CCUGUCGCUUUGUGCUGCGGAGAGACUGACGCCCUCUGGACACAGUGGACACUUGAGCGGCGGCACAACACCAUCCUGGAGAAGUUCAAAGAGAAAACAGCCUCAGCCCCCUUCAGAAAAGAAAAGUCGUGAACUUGUAAACAGCGCUGUGGUGUUUCCAGUGUCGUGCUGGUGAGCCGUCAGGAUGAGGCCUGGUCAGCUGAUCCUCCCCACCACCACCACCGCCGCCACCGCAGUCGCUCUCCUCUUCCUCCUAUCAGGACUGUCUCUGACCUCCGGCUGCAACAAAGCCCUGUGCGCGAGCGACGUCAGCAAGUGCCUCAUACAGGAGCUGUGCCAGUGUCGUCCGUCUGACGGGAACUGCUCCUGCUGUAAGGAGUGCAUGCUGUGUCUGGGGAACCUUUGGGAAGAGUGCUGCGACUGUGUGGGUAUGUGUAACCCCAAGAACUACAGCGACUCUCCGGCCACGUCGAAGAGCACCGUUGAGGAGCUCCACCGUCCCAUCCCCUCGCUGUUCCGCGCCCUCACGGAAGGCGACGCGCCGAUCAACAUGAUGGUUGUGUCCUUCCCCGUCGCAGAGGAGCUGUCCCAUCAUGAGAACUUGGUGUCCUUCCUGGAGUCGCUCGACAACCAGCACCAGAACGUGUCGGUGCCCGGCAACAGCAUCCACGCCAGCUACGACACUCAAGAAAACAUGUGCACAGUGGUCUACUUUGACGACUGCGUGUCUAUCCGUCAGUGUAAACUUUACUGUGAGUCAAUGGGAGGAUCCAAGUACCGCUGGUUUCACAAUGCGUGCUGCCAGUGCAUCGGACCCGAGUGCGUAGACUACGGCAGCAAGGCUGUGAAGUGCAUGAACUGUCUUUUCUGAAGUGCGGGACAUAUUGGUACCAAAUGUCUGGGCUAUACCAGAGGACUGAGGGCAGAGGAAACUAUGACUGUUAUGUGUUAGCAUUCCUCGGUUACCUUGUAAAAUACCCCCUACACCCCUCCUCCUACCCCUGCAAAUUGUUUUUAUUCUGCUGUUAUAUUUCACUGUAUAUUUUUAGAUAUGUUUUCAAUAGUGUUUUUUACUAGAGGUGUAUAUGAAUAAUGUAUUUUUACAAUUAUGGUCUGCUAAAUCCCAGUCUCAUGAUGCCAAAUAAAGAAAAGUUUGGUGACGUGGA